CCCUUUGGUGGAGGACCUUAGGAGCACCAAUCGAUGGGACGAUUAGACCAAUAUCGGAUGAAAGAUACCGCAUCAUUUACGAUAUCAUCUCAGGAACAAGGACUGUCAACGAAAGAAAGGCAACACUAGAAGAAAAAAAUGCGGCAAGGAUGAUUCGUCGCUGGAGAAAGAAUCAUCCUUUGUCUGUUGCCAAUUGCCUGAACCCAUUGACCGGAGCUCAAGAAAAACGUGUUUUGGUUGAUGGAAGUUCAACUUGAACCUCAACUAACAGAUUAUUCUAGUGAUUCGAUUCUCCACCUACACCUAUCCACCAACGACAGUUCGUUAUCUCCUCCGGUCAGCCAUGUAAACAUAGGGCCUUCGGCUUCUUUUCCUGACAACGAAUUAUUUCAGACUGCAAAUGACCACAUCGAUUCUCCUGUUCCGCCAACAUUGGAAACGCCGACUUUGCAACGCUUUUCCCCAACAGCAAUCUCCGACACAAACAAUCUGAGCUCCACAGAGAAAGACAGGUUAUUUCCCCCAAGUCUUAACUCAUCAUUUUAUUUAUCUCCACCUUCUUUAUCUCCAAUUACAGAUAGGAUAAACGAUUCAAAUUUAGACAAACAGCCACCAGUAUUAUCACCUGUCCGAUUAAGGUCUAACGUGCGACCCCCUAAAAAGUUUACACCAAGUGAUUAUGUCAGGGCUCGUAAGCAAAUUUUUCCGGAAACAGAAAAUGUAAACCAAAAGCAAUUCACUGAUUUACCUUACUUCAUUCAGCGUCAUAUUUUAUCCUUUGUAAUAUACAAAAAUUUUAACAUGUUUUUGACUUUAAUAAGGGUUUCAACACACUUCAAGCAUUUGCUAGGCACCCUUCAUAAAUUGUGUCCUAAAGUAUACUUAAAUGAAAAUGUCAUGUUUUUAUUGGAAGGUAGGUCAGUAUUCGCAGAGGGCGUAAGGCACAACUGGUCUGUUCGUCAGUUGGGCCGUGUGUCGGGUUCGGGUAGUGGAGUAAUGAUGGAAUUACGGAAUAUAUUGCGACCGAUUUCUUCCCGGUGGAUUAAUGGUUACAUCGAGAUACUGGCAACAGCAAUCGCCGGAUGGUAUUAUAUUGUCGAUUUUAAAUUUAAAAAGUAACGGAUAAAACGUGAAAAAUAUCCUUGUAUAUACGCGUUCAAUAUCGUGCUUAUUAAUUUAUUAAUUUUCAAACACUGUCAGUAUAUGGUGGUAUGGCCUUUUUUCUCUGAUCAGGCUUCCAGUUGGAGCCACCAUUCGCGCCAAACACAUCAUUAGGGAAAAUGUGGUACGACCUGUCUCCUUAUGAGCUGGUUUCCAGUUGGAGCCACAUUCGCGCAAAUCUAGGAUAAAUGUUAAACAAAAAAAUAUCUAUUUUUUUUUUUUAUUUAAAUAGAGUAUAAUAUAUUUAUUUAUUAAAAAAAAAAAAAAAAGACUCUUAACAGGAGAUGCCUCCACGUGGCAAGAGUUGGGCAACAGUUUUACUGGCAGAACUCUCCUAGAAUAUACUAUAAGUCUGCCGACAACCCUUAUUUCAAUAUUUCUCUACUAACAAUAGUCACGUGAUUUUUAUUCAAUAUUAACUGGUAUUAACUUUUAAAAACUUGGUAUA